AAGCGACAGGUUCCGUCAAAUGUUACCAGAAUCGGACAUGCCGUUCUAGCAGAAGAUUCGAAAGGUCAUCCGCAGAUCGUCUACUAUCAAGCCGGUGUUGGCACGGGCAUGGCGUUGAGCGAGCAGGUUCUUGGUGGUUCAACUGGCGCUGGUCUCUCCGAGAACGUCCGCGAAGCCUAUAGUUUCCUUGCCCAUAACUACACUGAUGGCGAUGAAAUAUUCCUCGUGGGCUUCUCUCGAGGAGCAUUCACGGCAAGGAGCAUCGCCGGCUUGAUUGGGGGGUUCGGUCUCUUGGAGAAGGAGGCACUGCCGUACUUUUAUGACAUAUUCCUCGAUUGGGAGCAUGCUGGUGUGAAAGGAUAUAAACCAUCUGCAAUGAAGUUUAUCACAGGUUUUGAGCUCAAAGCCGUGGCAGAUCAAGGAGCAGAGUACAUCGACGCGUACCGAACUGCGCUGCUUGAGAGGAAACUGACGCAAGAAGUCGAUAUCACUGCAAUCGGCGUGUGGGAUACGGUCGGUGCACUUGGCAUCCCUACGACUCCUCUCUUACAGAAAGUCGGCUUUCCUGACUUUGUGAAAGAAUACAAGUUUACCGACACUAGUAUCGACAGCUAUAUCCAUAAUGCCUUCCAUGCGCUCGCUCUCGAUGAGCAACGCGCCGCCUAUGCUCCAACAAUGUGGUCCAACCCUCCCGGAAACAACACAAAUCUGAAGCAAGUCUGGUUCCCCGGUGUGCACUCAAACGUCGGGGGUUCCUAUGAUGAUACAGCUAUGGCAGACAUCACCCUUGCCUGGAUGAUGGACCAGCUUUCGCCAUGGAUCGAUUUCAAACCAGGCUACAUUUCAACUCAAGUCCGUGCCAACGACCAAUUCGACGCCCUUGUCCAAUCUCAGGGUCUGAAAGAGAAGCGUGGGUGGGCGUUGGGCAAGAUUUACCAGAGCUGCAAGUUUCCGACCAGUUUGGGAGGCAAAAAGAAUCGCACUCCCCACAUUUUCCAUGGGGAAGAUCCGUUCAAGGGUACGAAAUACAAGGAGCCCCUGGAGAAUACGAACGAGUACGUGCACGCCUCCGUGAGAGUGCGUAUCGAUCUUGGUGGGAAGGGCUGGGAGGACAAGGGGAGAUAUGCUCCUGCUGGUUUGUCUGAAUGGGUGCUGCGCAAUGAGAAUCGAGAUCAUGGAGAAGUGAAGACCGAACCUGCAAUCGACCCGAACGUGAAUGGCACGAAUGGAGCCAGCAAUGGAACCAGUAAUGGAAGCAGCCAUACUAAUGGUCAUACCGACGGAGCGACUGAUGGCCGGACCAACGGCCUGGCACCUGCGUCUGGUCAUAUCAGAUGGGUGUAUCAGGGCAAAGACACGGCCGCCCAGGGUAAAGUCAUGUAUGAAGACAAGAUGGGCCCGAUUGAGUUGGAGCUACUGGGACAUGACCCUGUUGCAUACAAGGCAGUGUUUGAGAAUUGA